GCGUUGCCGAUUCGCCCCCUGACCUCCUUCCAUUGAAAAAUUGGGAAACAAACACACACCCAGCUCAGCAACCACACACACACACACCCCUUGCUUGCCUCUUCAUCCGUCCGUGUGUCUUGCUGCUUUGCUUCUCCUGUGAGCGGCUCGGAACGCCUACUGCCAUCGUCGUUGUCGUCGUCGUUACUGUCGAACACGGCUGCUUCUUGAUUCUUUGAGAAGCGCGAGUUCAGCCAGCAGCUGCUGCGUUCCAGUACAUCGCUGAUCCCGGCACGAAUUAGACAAGGCCCGGCAAUACCAAUUGCAGCCAGUGCAGAUUCUCAGAAGCAGGCCCAUCUCGUACACUUCCACCUUCACAGCGGAAACAACAUCAUGCAGGAAGAGGAUUUGGAGCAUCCCGUCAAGGUGCUCAUUGUUGGAAAUGGUGCAGUUGGCAAAUCAUCCAUGAUUCAGCGAUACUGCAAGGGCAUCUUCACACGCGAAUACAAGAAGACCAUCGGCGUUGACUUCCUCGAGAAGAAGCUGAGUGUAAAGGGCGAGGAGCUUCGGUUGAUGAUCUGGGACACAGCAGGACAGGAGGAGUUUGACAGCCUCACAAAGGCAUACUACAGAGAUGCGGAGGCGUGCGUGGUUGCGUUCUCCACCAUUGAUCGCGACUCCUUCGAGGCCGUCGAGUCCUGGAUCAAGAAGGUGGAGGAUGAGGUUGGCAGGAUACCCAUGGUGUUGAUCCAGAACAAGGUUGACCUGAUUGAGGAAGCGGCAAUGACGAAGGAGGAGGCCGAGGCGCUUGCAGACCGCAUCAAGCUCAAGUUCUACCGCACGUCUGUGCAGGAGAACUACAACGUGGACCAGGUCUUCCAGUACCUCUCCGAGCUCUAUGUCGACGAACUCAAGAAGAGCGAGCAGCUCGCAGAGGGGACGACGGGAAGCCAGGCAAGCGGCGACGGCACGGCAGCGCCAAAGAAGCGAACGUUUGCAACGAGCGAGGGCGUGGUGAAGCUGCAGCCAAAGCAGCGAACAGGCGGACGCAAGAACAAACAGCUCUGCUCCCUCGGCUGAUGCCACACCGUUGAGCAAGCAACACCCACUCCCCCCCCCCCCAGCUCAAGUUUCUUCUUUGUUCUUUUUCU